AUGAGAGGAUUUAUAAUACGCUUUGCAUUCGCUGAAUAGGUCUCCAUCCAGUCUCAAACUUAUUUAAAAAGAUCUUACAAAGAAGCUACUGUAGAAAUGGCCAUAAAUCCUGUUAAUCCAUAUCAUCAAUGGUUCAUCAAAGUAAUCUUAAAUUUUAUAUUUUUAGCUCGACGGCAAAAGUGUUAAGACUUAGUAACGAAACAUUUUAGCAGUCCCUUCUCCUUAAUUGGCUGCUUGUAUUGCAUCAGAAUUCAAUCGACAAAAAGAAUACCUAAGUUUCAAACAAAUGCCACUUAUGAUGUUAGCCAGAAAUGCUAUUGAUUUGGAUUAUGAUGCAACCAAUAGAGAAUACAUUGAAAAAACUAUCAUUAGCCAUUUAGAAAAUGAUGUUAUUUUACAUCGUAGAAACCAAAAAUCAUAACUUCUAUAAAUUCAGUAACAAUAAUUGGAUCCUCAAUUAAAACUUUUCAAUUCUAGAUUCGGAAUGGAUAUUCAGGUUAAUGAUGGUAUUCAAAUUGGAUCAUUAAGCUAAUAAAAUAAAGUCAAAAUUGAAUCUUUAAUUAGAGGAUUAAAUAAUUGGUAAUUAGUCAGUCUCAGUUCUUAAGCAGGUAUAAAAUUAAUAUAAUGUUAUUAGAUAAUCUAAAAUCUUGUAUAUUAUCAAUUCAAUUAUCUUAUGGGUUAGUAGAUUUGAAUAAAGCUUUAACACUCUGCGAUAUUGAAAAUUAAUUUAAUAAGAAGAUUACUGAAACUGAAAAUCCACAGGAAUCAGAUGGCGAAGAUAACAUAAUUUCUAUGAAUGUAUAAGCAGCUCAACUGUUUUCAUCAUUAAUUUAUUCAUAAAGUAUCCUUUAUUGA